AGAUGUGCGAUUAUCGCGUCAAAAUGGCUCCAGUUCAUCUCGAUUAAUGAUUAAUGGCGGGAGAGCCAAAUCACAUCACACGCUCGUUUCACAUGUCGUUAUUUAAUUUUUCUAUCAUUUUAUCUUCUCUAUAAUCUUAUAACAUUCUUUGACAGUUCACUAUUUAAUAUCGUUAUUCCAUGUGUCAAUGUGCGACAUACUUGACAUGACAUGUUCCUAACCUGAAUGUUAUAUAGGAUGUUUUACUUGCGUUAAAUGUGUUAUGUUACUGUACAUUCUACUGUUUACACUGCCACACACUGCCUAGUUGAACAUAGUGUGUGUUUGAUAUAAUAAUUGUCUCAAAGAGAUAAAAUAAUCGAAUGAAACGCAUUAUAUGCGUGAAUUUCUUGUGGCUGUUUAAAAAUUGUAUUAAUAAUGUCAAAGAAGGUGCUUGGUCAAAAGAAUAUCCAAUCUACAAUUGUGGGAUUUUUAGCAAAGACAACAAAUAAAAAGAAUAUUCUGCAGUCUAGUACACCAAAAGUGAAAGAAGAGCAAAUUGAUUCAAAUAAUGACUCUUUCAAUGAUUUGUGUUCUGAUAAACCAAAAAAGGUGGCUGGAGAUUUGGUAACAAUAAAUUCAAUAAUAGAUUUUGAUAAUUCAGACUCAUCCAGUUCAGAUUCAUGCACAAGUCCAUUUAAAACAGAAGCAAAUAAGAUUCAUGACAUAUUGGAACCAUAUUAUGUUGAAAAUUCAAUAGAAGAAAAAGAAAGAAUUGAGAAAGAAAUAAAAUCUUCACACACAAAGCCAUAUUAUGUUGAAAAUUCAAUAGAGGAAAAGGAGAGAAUUGAAAAAGGAACAAAAUCUUCAAAUCUCUUACAGAAGAAUACAGAAGAAUAUUCUGCAAAUACUUCUUUUAUUCCUGAAUCUUCUGAUAGUGAGGAAGAUAGAAAAAAUGUUAAAAAAUGUUUGCAGUUAAAUCGAAAAUCAAACAAAGUAGAAAAAGAUGAGAAAAAACAGACUAUUAUAUCAGAAAUUAAUCACUAUACUGAAUGUAAUAGCAAACAUUUUCCUCCCAACAGUCCAACAUUAAAUAGAGAAAAAUCUAAUGAGGUCACUAAUGCUACACCAAAAAAUAUAGAAAAUGAACAUCUAUGGACUCCUAAGAAGAAACACAUCAGUAAUAAACAAAAGACCAAUAAUAUAAUUUCAGAUUCUGAUACCGAUAGUCCUCGCUCAAAGUGCAGUAGCAAGGAAUCCCCAAGAAAGGAAUGGGUAGGCCCUGAUCCUAGAUUAAAUCUUAAAGAUUUAGGUUUAAAUAAGCAGUUAAAUUCAUGGAUUGAAUCUAUUCGAAAGAAACCAGUAAUGUCCACAAUACCUACUACAAAGGAUAAGUUGCUGCAAAGACACGAAAAUUUAAAGGAUCUUCAAAUUGAAAUUCUUGAUAAAUUCUAUAUUGCACUUGAAUUGAUCCCAUUACCAGUACUGGAACAAUUUCCAAAGUUUGAUCGAGAUGCUUUCAUAAAAUUACAAGGCCUACAUCGACAUGUAAAAGCUAAAAUGCGUUUAAUGCAGACAAGAUUAUCAAAAUUACAAAAAGAAGAUGAACAUGAUGCAUCCAUAUUUUCGGAAACGCCUGAAUCUUUGUCAUCAAAUGAAAAACCAGUUUCACAGAGUUAUUUGACAAAUAAUGAUUUUGAUACAUCGAGUACCUCAAUAUCUAAAAUAAUAGACUGUCAUGAAAACUUAUCAAAUAUAAUGGAAUCACAUACAAAGAAGCAUGAUAGUAAUAUGGAAUCCACAAUAGCAAUUAAAUCAUUUGAAACUACAGUUCCAAAUAAGAAGAGCACUUUUCAAUUAAAAAGACCUAUCAAAACAGUAUUAAGUACUCAAGUUUCUAAAACAAUAGCAGAAAUGUGGGAGAAGGAUCAACAAAUGUCAAUGACAGUAGAUUCUUCAAUAGAUACUGACAAUGUUUCCUUAUCCAUACAGGAUACAUUUAAUGACAGUAUUAAGACACCACCAAGGACUGAAAUAAAUACAUCUAUGCAAAUAAACAGCAUUAAAGAAAGUCCAAAUAAUUGGAUUAAUACUAGUAAUUCUCAGGGCAGUAGUUGUUAUACAGUUCCUGCGAAAGUUAGCACAUUAACACAAGAGUUGGAAAAAUUUCCAGCAUUGGAAGAAAAUUGUAACAUAGAAAUAAACGAUGAUUCCAUAGAUUGGUCAGAGAUUCAUUGUGCACAAAGUAGUAAGCACAAUGAUACUAAAACAAAAUCGAAAUGUGAAAAAAGUAAUGUCGAAUAUGGAAAGUUUACUGGUAAUUAUAAAAAUGAUGGUACUAGUGGAGAGUUUGAUGGUUUAACUUAUUCACAUUCGCAAGAAAUGUCAAAGAUAUUUCGACAAAGGUUUGGCUUAUAUACAUUUAGGCCAAAUCAAUUGCAAGCCAUUAAUGCAACUCUAUUGGGAUUUGAUUGCUUCGUUUUGAUGCCAACUGGAGGUGGAAAAUCUCUUUGUUAUCAAUUGCCUGCACUUUUAAGUGUUGGAAUAACAAUUGUUAUUUCACCCUUGAAAAGUCUUAUUUUAGAUCAAGUUCAGAAGCUUACUUCGCUUGAUAUUCCUGCAGCUCACUUAUCUAGUUCUUUAACAGACAGUCAAGCGGAAGCAGUAUACAGGGAACUCGCCAAAAAAGAACCCGUUCUUAAAAUAUUAUACUUAACACCAGAGAAAAUCUCCGCCUCGCCAAAAUUGUGUAAUACCCUAACUAUUUUAUACGAGAGAGAAUUGCUAGCAAGAUUUGUCAUCGAUGAAGCGCACUGCGUCAGUCAAUGGGGUCACGAUUUCAGACCAGACUACAAGCGAUUAAAAUUUCUUAGAGACAAUUAUCCCAAAGUGCCGACAAUAGCCUUAACUGCAACGGCUACACCACGUGUUAGAACAGAUAUUUUGCAUCAAUUGGGUAUGACUAAUCCAAAAUGGUUUAUGUCGAGUUUCAACAGGCCUAACUUAAGGUAUAGUAUAAUCUCAAAGAAAGGAAAAAAUUGUUCCGACGAAGUUAUCGCUAUGGUAAUGACAAAGUUUAGAAAUGCAUGUGGUAUUGUGUAUUGCUUAUCACGCAAGGAUUGUGAUGAUUAUGCUGCGCAAAUGAAAAAGAAUGGUAUUAAAGCAUUGAGUUAUCACGCGGGACUUACAGAUAAUCAAAGAAGUAACUGUCAAGGAAGAUGGAUCUCUGAUGAAAUACAUGUUAUUUGCGCGACUAUAGCUUUUGGAAUGGGCAUUGAUAAACCUAAUGUACGCUUUGUAAUACAUGCAGCUCUGCCAAAAUCUAUAGAAGGCUAUUAUCAGGAAAGUGGCCGCGCUGGUCGUGACGGCGAGUUAGCAGAAUGUAUUUUGUUUUAUCAUUAUGCAGACAUGCACAGGAUUAGAAAGAUGAUCGAAUUGGAUAAUCCAAAUCCACAAGUCAUUAGUACACAUAUGGAUAAUUUAUUUAAGAUGGUAGCAUUUUGUGAAAAUACUACAGAUUGUCGUAGAUCACUGCAGCUUAAUUACUUUGGAGAAAUAUUUGAUAGACAACAGUGUAUCUCAAAUAAGACAACUGCAUGUGAUAACUGCAGAUGCAAGGAAGAGAUUACAAUGUUGGAUGCAACUGAAGAUGCAAAAGAGAUUAUGAAAGCUGUACGGGAUAUGAAUAACAGAAAGAAUUGUAAACUUACCCUAAUACUCUUAACAAAUAUUUUUAAGGGUUGCGAUCUUAAAAAGAUCAGAGAAUUAGGUCUCACAACACAUCCUUUAUAUGGUCGCGGCAAAUCGUGGAACAAAACCAACAUAGAACGUCUUUUACAUUAUAUGGUAUUGCAAGAAUAUUUACAAGAAAAUAUGUAUAUUAAUAAUGAGAUUGCUUGUGCAUAUUUAAAAAUUGGACCAAAAGCGAGUCAACUCAUGACGAGAAAAGAUGUAAAGGUACAAAUCCCAAUAAGAGAAUCAAAUAAACCUACGAGUGGCACAGCCGUAGUUUCGACAGUCACAAAGAAAACUGAUAGUAUUAUAAAAGAAUUGCAAGACCGUUGCUAUGCUGAGUUGAUGACAAUAAUACGAGGAAUUGCUAAUACACUGGAUGUUUCUGCUUCCUCUAUUAUGAAUAUGGUAGCUGUCAGAGCUAUGAGUCAACGUUUACCAGACACUGAAGAAGCCAUGUUACAAAUACCACACGUCACUAAAGCUAACUUUAUUAAAUAUGGCAAAGCUCUCUUAGAGAUUACACAGAAAUAUGCAGCAGAGAAAAUUGUAUUGUUAGACGAAGAUAAAGAUAAUAAAGAACAAAAUAUUGAUGAUGAUGAUGAUAAUGAUAGUACCUGGGAUGACAAUACUUCCAAUUAUUCUCGUAAUAGUAGUACUAAUAGUCGCCGUGGUAAGAAACGGAAAAUUGGCAGUAAAUCUAAUAAUACCAAUAAAAAGUAUAGACGAGGUGGCUCAAGUAGCGGGUGGAGAGGAAGAGGUUCAUCAAGAGGUACAUCAAAAAGUUCAGCAACAAGAGUUAAUGCAACUACAAAGAAGACGAUAGGACUUGCAACUUUUAGUCAGUCGAAACAAUAUCUCGCAAAUCCUAAUAGAUACUUGCACAUUAAAUAAUUGUUUCCCUUUUCUGUCUCUAUAUAUUAUUUUCGAAGUUUCUGCUGCAGAUGCUAUUCCUAUACGAAUUUCGGGAUACAUGAUGGCCAAAAUUAUCUAUGGCGUUUUAACGAUUUUAUAGAAUAAAACAAUUUGCUAACAAAUGUUUCUAUGAGGAACGUUUCAUGUUAUAUUUAUAUAUAUUCUUUAAGGAUUCACGAGAAAUGUAU